UAUCUUUUGCUGAUAACCUUUAAAAUGAAAAUAUAAUUUCGUUUCUACUUUUCUUCCUUCCUCCUCUUCGGCUUUAAAAACACUAUCGAUGAUUAGUAUUAGGUACAAUGUUCUGAAUUAUCUGCAUUGAUAAGCAGCUCCAUUCUAAUUUGCUCAGUCAGUUAUCUUUCUGAUUGUCAAUCGGUGAUUGUGGAUAAAUACACUUGAUUUAAAAGCAAAUUCAUCACAAGUUCACCGGGCGUUAUAAACAUUUUGUUACGUUUUGACUCGUUUAAUCCAAGUUUAUGGACUUCGUGAUGGCACAAUUUGAUCAACAACGAUUUAUUUUUAAAGUAUAAUAAUAUUUCUUCUAAACUAUCUUAAUUUUACUAAUCAUUAUCCAAUUCCACCUUAAAUAAUCAACAUUUUUCCACCAUUAAAACAUCGUUUAAAACACAUGAUACUGUAAACAACCUUUUAAUAUGUUUUGAGUAUAAUAAUUAUGGAUCUCUUUAUUUCCCUGCAUAAAGUCACCUUAUUAUCUACAUUUAAAAACGAAAGUCGGCUCUUAACCCGACAUUUUUCCAGUUUGUGGAGCCAUCCAAAUGAAAAGGUUACAACUGAUCCGAAACAACAAUUGCCGAAGAAUAGCUAUUGGUAUGGAACUAAUACCCAAAGUGAAAAGCCUUUCUUAUUAAAAGACUCGAUUAAACAGAUUACUAUUCAAACUUGUGGUCCAUUGUAUGCGGAAUGGAGAGAAACAAGAAAAGCCUAUGUUGGUGCUCCUAAAGAAGGUCUAUCUUUUAAUGUUGAGUAUGUGGAUACCAAAGAGUAUGUCAACAAUGAUAAAGCCCCGGUAUUAUUAACUCUACAUGGUGCUCCUGGUUCACAUGAAGCCUUCCAUCCAUUGAUUAAUCAUCUAGCACCUAAAGGAGUUCGUGUCAUCGCCCCGAAUUGGCCAGAAUAUGCCGCAAUUGAUUGGUCAAAAUAUUUUCGUCAUUCAACUGAAGAGAAAACUAACUUUCUUCAUGAUUUUCUCAGAGCGAUAGACGUCGAUAGGUUGGAUACAGUUGUUUCACACAGUAGUGGGAUUUAUCCUUCUCUUUCAUUGUAUAGUGACAAAAAAUUUCCAAUUAAGUCUAUUGUUUUAAUUUCUCCUGGUGCACAUCGAAGAACUGCAGGAAUGAAGCCAGCCUGGUUUACCGACAAUCUUGUUCGAUUCACACUUAACCCAAUUGGCCGUACGAUUUAUCGCAAAUGCUAUAAAUAUGCUUUUAAACUCAUAAAGCCAAAAAUAGAGGCCAAUAAUCCUGAUAAUGUUAUCCUCGCAGCAACUGUCAUGCAUCUAUCUGGAUGGACUAGACAGUUGCCUGAACUUUUGGAAGUUGUUAGGCAACAGAAACCAAAUUUGCUGUAUAUAUUUGGUGAUCAGGACAAAUUGAUUGAGAAAGAAUUUUUUUACGAAAUUGCUCAAAUUCUAGGUGCUAAAGAUGUUCAUUAUACUAAUUAUGAUGGUGAAGGAAAUUGUUUAGCAGCAGGCUCAAAAGACGAUUGGAUUCAAAUAAUGAAAUUCGAGAAAGCUGGUCAUUAUCCAUUUCUAAAAUAUGCAAAUAUUGUCAAUCUAGCUAUUGAAGAAUUCAUCAAAAAAUAAUUUUCUAAAUUCAAUUUCGAUCUAUCCAAGAAUAUAGAUGUAAUUAGCUUAAAGUAAAUUGUUUUGGCACAUCAAGUUGGUUGUAUCGUCAUUGAUUAGAACCAAUGUAAGCUUAUUUCAGUUUAAGUCAAUUCUGAGUAUUUAAAAUCACGGCAAAUUGCUCAUCUGUGUAAUUUGAUUGUCCAUUGAAAUUGGCGCCAGCUUUGAAAGUCUUUUACCAGAAUAUCAAGAAUAUUUCAAUUCCUUAUUUCACAUGUUGUUAUAAAUUGGAGGUAUCAAUGAUGGAGAAGAGACAUUAAACCCAAUGGUUUUUUUGAUUCAUUGAAAAGGGUUACGUUUUUAAAAAUUAUUAUUAUAUUUUAAGUCACUCAAUAAAUUCGUACUUC